AUGGAUACAGAACAAGGAAACAAUAAUGAGCCAAAACAUCAGAACAAGAAGCAUAUGAAGUUAUUUCUGGUACUUUUAAACUGCAUGUUAAUGGCAGUUGGUCAAGUGGCAGGUCCAUUACUUGUGAGGAUUUACUAUUUGCAUGGAGGAAAGAGUAACUGGCUUGGUGCCUGGCUACUUACAGCUGGUUUCCCUGUCUUGAUCAUCCCAAUAGCCAUUGCAUAUAUGAGAGCUAAAUCUAGAGCUCAAGCUGGUAGGUUUUUAGUCACAAGAUGGCUUUUUGCUGCUAGUGCCAUCUUGGGAAUUCUUGUUGGCCUUGAUAGCUAUCUGUACUCCUUUGGCCUAUCAUAUCUUCCAGUUUCCGUUUCUUCUCUUCUUGGUUCUAGUCAGCUGGCUUUCACUGCAAUUUUUGCAUAUAUAGUUGUCAAGCAUAAGUUCACACAUUACUCGAUAAAUGCAGUGGUUUUGAUGACCUUUGGGUCUAUUAUUCUUGGGUUUCACAUGAAUGGAGAUAGACCCAGUGGAGAGUCCAAAGGAAAAUAUAUUAUCGGUUUCUUCAUGACCACUAGUGGUGCUGCUCUUCAUGGGUUUAUAAUGCCUGCAUUGGAGUUUACUUACUUGAAGGCUGGGAAAACCAUUACCUUUGACCUUGUCCUGCAAGUUCUUUUCCUUAUAUCGAUGUUCGCUUCUCUAUUUUGCUCUAUCCCCAUGAUUAUCAACAAGGACUUUCAGGCUAUAGCCAAAGAGGCGGCAGAAUUUGGUCUUGGGGAGACAAAUUACUACACUAUACUGUUAAUAGCAGCAAUAGUGUUACAGCUGUCAGUUAUAGGAAGUGUAGGGGUGAUAUUCAGCUCCACAUCUCUAUUGGGAGGGCUUGUGUCAUCUCUUCUGGUUCCAGUCCAACAGGCAUGUGCUGUGAUUUUCCUGCGCGAGGUCUUUAAUGCAGAAAAGGGCAUGGCCUUGGCUAUGUGCUUGUGGGGAUUUGCUUCUUACUUGUAUGGAGAAUACCAGAUAAGCCGAAAGAAGCCAGAAUCCAUCGAAGAAGGAUCGGAUCAUGACUUGAUCUAA